AUGGUCAAAACUCUCAUAGACCAUGAGGCACUGUUUCCCGCGCUUUCCGUCAUUGCGUGGACGUCGCCAGUAGGCAUAGAGCCGCCAUGGCAACUCUCCGAGCCUGCCGUCAAAAUCGGCAUCGAAAUGAAGUGCGCAAAAACCAGGAUAUGGUAUGAACCAGACGAAGAGUGGCUUGAUGAGCUGGAAAGAAACCCGGCGAAUGUGUAUUCGGACACUGGUUCGGAGUAUUCAGAGGCAGGGUCAGGGGAGACAGGUUCGGAGGAGGCUUCAGAGACUGGUCGGGAGGAGACUUCAGAGGAAAAGUCCUAA